AGCGCAUUCCGCAAACUCGAAAGUGCACGUCGAAGCCCCCGACCACGACACACGACACACGUGUUCCCCACGGUAGGAGUGCCAGGUCGACGAAUUCGUCAAAAUGCCGGCUGCUGUAGCGGAAGCCGCAGCAGUGAAAAAGACCGCGGCCAAGCGGAAACGCCAGGAGAACGGCGACCAGGCCACGAAACGGCGGAAAUCGUCGUCGGGCAACGCGGAUGACCCCAACGACGACGGCGAACAUGUGCUCCAGGCGCACAUCGAGAAGCUCGAGACCGAGGUGCAAGAGUCCCGGAAGCACUACAACAACAUCGCAGCCCUGAUUGAGCUCGCGCAGAAAUCAGGCGAGGACCCAAGAGCUGCCCUGGCCGCUGCGGAAGCGCUAUGUCGCAUCUUCAUCCGCCUGCUGGCGGCCGGCAGCCUGGCGAAGAGGAAAGACGUGUCGGAAAAGGACGCCACAGUUGCAAGCUGGCUGCGGGACCGGCUGGCGGACUACAGGGGCGCUCUGCUGCCCCUCUUUCGGAGCAAGACGCUGGCUCUGCACGCCCUCAUGCUGGCCAUGGCCCUGCUCAAGGCCGAAGCGCAACACCUAGGCAACCGGGACGACGCAGUGUUCCCCCGUUCUUUCUUUGCCGAGAUCGUCGCCGGCGUCCUCGAGUCCCCUUUCGAACAACUGCGCGAGCAAUUCUCCGAGAAGUUCGUCCAUGAAUACGACGACAUCCGCUUCUACACCUUCGAGGCCAUCAAAACCUACCUGACAGAGCGCGAGCAUUCCGUCGACGAGGAUGUCCGGAAGACCGUUUUUGAGAUGCUAAUCAGCAUGCAAGAUGUGCCCGGGGCGAGCGAGGACCUGAAGGAUUUCUACAUCGAGCCGCCCCAAAAGAAGAAGCACCCGCUACGCUCCCUGACGCAGCACAAGAAGCAGGCUCAGGAGGCCUGGCUGGCGCUCAUGCACCUCGGCCUGAGCAAGGACCAGAGGAAAAAGGUGCUGGAGGCCAUGGCCGCCUCCAUCGCCCCCUGGUUCACCCAGCCGGAGCUGCUCAUGGACUUCUUGACCGAUUGCUACAACGCGGGCGGCUCCCUCUCGCUUCUCGCUCUCUCGGGCGUCUUUUACCUGAUCCAGGAGCGCAAUCUCGACUACCCCGAGUUCUACACCAAGCUCUACUCCUUACUCGACGCCGACAUCCUUCACUCCAAGCACCGCUCUCGCUUCUUCCGCCUGCUCGACACCUUCCUCGGGUCAUCCCAUUUGCCCGCCGUGCUAGUAGCGAGCUUUAUCAAGCGUCUUGCCCGGUUGGCGCUCAAUGCCCCUCCCGCCGCCAUCGUCGUGAUCGUGCCUUGGUUCUACAACCUCUUCAAGAAGCACCCUCUCACGACCUUCAUGAUGCACCGCGUGCCUCGGACCAAGGAGGAGAAGGACCUGCUGGAGAGUGAGGGCCUGGACGACCCAUUCCUGCCGGACGAGAAAGACCCGAUGGAGACGCGCGCCAUCGACAGCUGUCUGUGGGAGAUCGUUCAGCUGCAGUCCCACUACCACCCAAACGUCGCUACCAUCGCCAAGAUCAUCUCGGAGCAGUUCACCAAGCAGGCCUACGGUCUGGAGGAUUUCCUGGAUCACUCUUACGGCAGUCUUCUCGAGGCUGAAAUGGCCAAGGAUGUCAAGAAGCCCCCUGUCGUGGAGUUCAUGAUUCCCAAGCGCAUCUUCACCAAAGCUGGAGCGCCAGAGGAGAAGGACAGCUUGCUAGUCAGUCUCUGGGAUUUUGGGUCGCCAUAGGCGCAGCCUCCUGCUCAAGCCAUCGGACUUCGCAUGCCAAGGGGAGCGACAAAAGCCGUUAAGCCACUACCCUCCCAGAAGCCUCGUGGCACUCAUGCGGCCCUCACUCCUGUGCUGCUCAGCACGUGC